UCUGACAGAAGGUGCCAGACUAGUGUUGGCGGGGCUGAGGAUUCUGGCCUGGGACAGAGCUCACCCUCCACCGCGUCCGCCCCACAGGAUGCUGCAGCUGAGCCUCUCCUGGCUGGGACUCGGGCCGGUGGCAGCCUCCCCAUGGCUGCUCCUGCUGCUGGUCGGGGCCUCCUGGCUCUUGGCUUGUGUCCUGGCCUGGAUCUAUGCCUUCUGUGACAACUGCUGCCGCCUCCGAUGUUUCCUGCAGCCCCCAAAACGGAACUGGUUUUGGGGUCCCCUGGGCCUGGUGAAGAGCAAUGAGGAGGACAUGCGGCUGGUGGAAGAUCUGGGCCACUACUUCCGCGAUGUCCACCUGUGGUGGAUGGGGCCUUUCUAUCCCAUCCUGCGGCUUAUCCACCCUAACUUCACUGCCCCUCUAUCUCUCAUGUCAGCCACCAUCAUACCCAAGGAUAUGUUUUUCUACAGCGUCCUGAAUCCUGGCUGGGUGAGGGAUGGGCUCCUGCUGAGUGCUGGUGAAAAGUGGAGCCACCACCGACGCCUGCUGACACCUGCCUUCCACUUCGAGAUUUUGAAGCCGUGUAUGAAGAUUUUCACCAAGAGUGCAGACAUCAUGCAUGCCAAGUGGCAGUGCCUGGCUUCAGAGGGCAGCACUUGUCUGGACAUGUUUGAACACAUCAGCCUCAUGACCCUGGACAGUCUGCAGAAAUGUGUCUUCAGUUUCAACAGCAAUUGCCAGGAGAAACCCAGCGAACAUAUUGCUGCCGUCUUGGAGCUCAGUGCCCUUGUGAUGAAACGGACCGAGUAGAUCUUCCUGCACAUGGACCUCCUGUACUACCUCACCCGCGAUGGGCAGCACUUCCGUAGGGCCUGCGACCUGGUGCACGACUUCACAGAGGCUGUCAUCAGGGAGCGGCAUUGCACCCUCAUUAGUCAGUGUUCCCAAGACUUCCUCAAGGCCAAGGCUAAGGCCAAGACUUUGGACUUCAUUGAUGUGCUCCUGCUGGCCAAGGAUGAAGAUGGGAAAGAACUGUCAGAUGAGGACAUCCGAGCUGAGGCUGACACCUUCAUGUUUGAAGGCCAUGACACCACAGCCAGUGGCCGCUCCUGGGUCCUGUACAACCUUGUAAAGUACCCAGAAUACCAGGAGCGCUGCCAGCAGGAGGUACGAGAGCUCCUCAGGGACCGUGAGCUUAAAGAGAUUGAAUGGAUGCUGCAGCUGAGCCUCUCCUGGCUGGGACUUGGGUCCUUGGUAGCCUCCCCAUGGCUGCUCCUGCUGCUGGUCGGGGCUUCCUUGCUACUGGCCCGCGUCCUGGCCUGGACCUACACCUGCUACAGCAAUUCUCGCCACCUCCAAUGUUUCCCGCAGCCCCCAAUACGCAGCUGGUUCUUGGGUCACCUGGGCCUGGCCCAGAGCAAUGAAGACUUGUAGCUGGUGCAGGAUCUGGGCUGCUAUUUCCAUGACAUUCACCUCUGGUGGGUGGGGCCCUGGCAUGUGGUCACCUGCAUCUUCCACCCCACCUGCAUCAAGCCUGUGCUCUUUGCUCCAGCUGCCAUCGCACCCAAGGACGUGGUCUUCUAUGACUUUCUGAUGCCCUGGCUGGGGGAUGGGCUCCUGCUGAGUGCUGGUGAUAAGUGGAACAGGCACCGUCACAUGCUGACACCCGCCUUCAACUUCAACAUCCUGAAGCCCUAUAUGAAGAUUUUCACCAAGAGUGCAGACAUCAUGCAUGCCAAGUGGCAGCGCUUAGUCACGGAGGGCCACACCCAUCUGGACGUGUUUGAACACAUCAGCCUCGUGACCCUGGACAGUCUGCAGGAAUGCGUCUUCAGUUUCGACAGCAAUUGCCAGGAGAAGCCCAGUGAAUAUAUUGCUGCCAUCUUGGAGCUCAGUGCCCUAGUGGCAAAGCGGCACCAGCAGAUCUUCCUGCACGUAGACCUCCUGUACUGCCUCACCCCCGAUGGGCGGUGCUUCCGCAGGGCCUGCCACCUGGUUCACGACUUCACAGAUGCUGUUAUCCAGGAGCGGCGGCGUACCCUCCCCAGUCAGGGCAUUGAUGACUUCCUCAAGGCCAAGGCUAAGGCCAAGACCUUGGACUUCAUUGAUGUGCUCCUGCUGACCAAGGAUGAAGAUGGGAAGGGAUUGUCAGACGAAGAUAUCCGAGCUGAAGCUGACACCUUCAUGUUUGAGGGCCAUGACACCACAGCCAGUGGCCUCUCCUGGAUCCUGUACAACCUUGUAAAGCACCAAGAUUACCAGGAACGCUGCCAGCAGGAGGCGCAAGAGCUCCUCAGGGACCGCGAGCCUAAGGAGAUUGAAUGGUGA